GAACGCUGGGAUGACCUGGACACCGCUGUAGUCCACAAAGACGGCCAUGUUGUUCUGGCCGGCAUGUUCCCCAUUCACUCCAAAGGCGUGGACGAGGACCAUGCAUACAGGCAGAGGCCAGGGAGAAGGAAGUGCCGAGGGUUUAAUCUUCGCGUGUUCCGGUGGUCCCAAGCGAUGAUAUUCUUCAUCGAGGAGAUUAACCGGAACCCUGCCCUCCUCCCCAACAUCACGCUGGGCUACAGACUGUAUGACACCUGUGGACUGGAACAGCUUUCGGUGAGGACAGCCUUGUCUGUCAUCUCUCAGCCCCUUAAGAAAUGGGAGGGCAGGUGCGUAUCUCCCAGCCUCCCCCUCAUCAUUGGGGACUCUGGCUCCACGCUGUCCAUGGCCAUCUCCCGUCUGCUCAACCUUAACAGGGUCCCUCUGGUGAGCUACUUUGCCUCAUGCGCAUGUCUGAGUGACAAGCGGCAGUUCCCUUAUUUCUUCCGUACAAUCCCGAGUGAUGUGAACCAGGCUGACGCCCUGGCCCGUCUGGUACAUCACUUUGGGUGGACCUGGGUGGGCACCAUGGGGGCAGACGACGACUAUGGUCGCAUGGGCAUCGACAUGUUCACAGCUGAGGUGACCAAACUGGGUGUGUGCGUGGCUUUCAGGGUAAUUAUCCCCAAGCUACCAUCCAGAGAAAGAAUGCGUGAGAUUGUCACAAUAAUACGUGACUCCACUGCUACAGUGAUUGUGGCCUUUGCUAUAGAAGAGGACAUCCAACCCGUCAUCCAAGAGAUCGUCCGACAGAAUGUGACAGGGAAGCAGUGGGUGGCAAGCGAAGCCUGGGUCACCUCCACCCUAAUCUCUACCCGGGAGAACCUUCCCUUCCUGGAUGGGACGAUCGGCUUCGCCAUCCGCAGGGCUGAGAUGCCUGAGUUGAAACAGUUCCUCGAGAGUCUCUCCCCACUGGCUGAGCCCCAUAACCCCUUUUCCAGGGAAUUCUGGGAAUUGCAGUUUCAGUGCUCGCUGAACACAACAGAACCAGUUGCCUCUACCACUGAGCCCACUGGCUAUAACAAUACCUGUACAGGGGAAGAGAGGAUCGAGGACACAGACAGCAUCUAUAAUGACGUGUCACAGCUCAGGGUCACCUAUAACAUGCACAAGGCUGUUUAUGCCGUGGCGCAUGCCUUGCACAACAUGCUGGUGUGCCAGGAUGGGGGAGGAAGCAGAGCAGGGGGCCGGACUCAGACCAGCAGCUGUGCAGACAUAAACAGACUGCAGCCAUGGCAGAUUGUGCAGCACCUGAAGGAGGUGAGCUACACCAACAUCUUUGGAGACGUUGUUCAUUUUGAUGACAAUGGCGACCCGGUGGGGUCCUACGACAUCAUCAACUGGCAGAAGGACGGAGAGGGUUCGGUGAAGUAUGUGACCCUGGGCCGUUUUGAUUCCUCCCUGCCACUCCAGCAACAAUUGGUAUUCAGCCAGAGGGACAUCAUAUGGCACGGUGAUCUCAGGGAGGCUCCUGUAUCAGUGUGCUCGGACACCUGCCCCACAGGAUACAGGAAGGCCUCACGCUCAGGACAGCCUGUGUGCUGCUAUGACUGUGUCAUCUGUGCUGAGGGCACCAUCAGCAACAGAACAGAUCAGCCAGAGUGUGUUCCAUGCCCAGAAGACUUCUGGUCCAAUGAGAAACGGGACAGCUGCGUUGCCAAGGAGAUCGAGUUCCUUUCCUACACAGAGCCCUUCGGAAUGGCACUGGCUGCCAUGGCGAUCCUGGGUGCCUUAUCCACUGCAGCGGUGGCGGCCAUUUUCCUGAGGCACAGGCACACCCCGAUUGUCCGCGCAAACAACUCAGAGCUGAGCUUCCUGCUGCUGUUGUCGCUGAUGUGCUGUUUCCUGUGUGCGCUGACCUUCCUGGGUCAGCCCUCGCACUGGGGCUGCCGGCUCCGCCGUACUUCCUUCGGCAUCAGCUUCGCCCUCUGCCUGUCCUGCCUGCUCAGCAAGACCCUGGUCGUACUGAUGGCGUUCCAAGCUACACUGCCUGGCAGCAAUGUGGCGCGUUGGUUUGGCCCCACUCAGCAGCGACUGGGUGUGUUGGUCUGCAUCGCUGUGCAGGUGGGAAUCUGUGGUGUGUGGCUCGCCAGAGCUCCACCCUACCCGGUUAAGAACACCUGGCUUUACAGAGACAGAAUCAUCCUGGAGUGCCACCUGGGGUCUGUGGUGCUCUUCGGUUGUGUUCUGGGCUACAUUGGCUGCUUGGCUGGCUUCUGCUUCAUCUUGGCCUUCCUCGCUAGGAAACUGCCUGAUAAUUUUAACGAAGCCAAGUUCAUCACCUUCAGCAUGCUCAUAUUCUGUGCAGUCUGGAUCACCUUCAUACCAGCUUAUGUCAGCUCACCUGGAAAGUUCACUGUUGCUGUGGAAAUAUUUGCCAUUUUAGCUUCUACUUUCGGUGUCCUGCUCUGUAUCUUCGCUCCAAAGACAUAUAUUAUUAUAUUGAAACCAGAGAAGAAUUCUAAAAAAAACAUGCUUUCCCAAAAGUCAGCAAGGUGA